CCUCCUAAAACCCUGGAAACCAAAACCCUACAACCUCACAGAAACUUCAAGGUUCUACCUCCCUCACCUCAACAACUUUUUGGAACCAAACCAAAAAAAAAAAAAAACCUCCAUUCUCCCUCAAUCACUUCCAUUCAACACAAUAUGACAAGUUUGAUUCUCAGAAGAUCCUCUUCCAUAUUCUCACGCCGUUUCUUCGCCGCCGUUACUUCCGUCGAGCAACUAUCGCACCGUUACCCCAGCCUCGCACUGUCCUCCACCUUCUAUGGUAAAGGAGACAGGGCGUUUCACGCGAAAUCUGGACCGUUGAACUUCCACUCGUCGCUGGUUUCUCGUGGUGCGCAACUUGCUGUGGAUUACGAUCAUGCGGACGAAGGUUGCAGUGCGAAUGGUGAAGGACUGGAGGUUGCUAAGCUUGGGAUAUCUCGGGAGAUUGUUAAUGCUCUUGCUAAGAAAGGGAUUGCGAAGCUCUUCCCCAUUCAGAAAGCUGUGCUGGAACCUGCUAUGCAAGGGAGGGAUAUGAUUGGUCGAGCUAGAACAGGAACUGGGAAAACUCUUGCUUUUGGGAUACCCAUCUUGGAUAAGAUUAUUCAGUUUAAUGCUAAGCAUGGGAAAAGAAGGGAUCCUUUGGCUUUGGUGUUGGCUCCAACCAGAGAACUUGCACGUCAGGUUGAAAAGGAAUUCAAUGAGGCUGCACCUAACUUGGAAACAGUUUGUCUUUAUGGGGGUAUGCCUAUUCAACAACAAAUCAGGCAACUUGAUGGUGGCGUAGAGAUUGUAGUGGGCACUCCUGGACGAGUUAUUGAUCUUCUCAAAAGGGGUUCACUGAAAUUGAAGGAUGUUAAAUUUGUUGUUCUUGAUGAAGCUGAUCAGAUGCUUCAAGUAGGAUUUCAAGAAGCGGUGGAGACAAUCUUGCAAAAGAUGCCUACAAAGCGUCAAACUCUUAUGUUCUCAGCGACAAUGCCUUCUUGGAUAAAGAAUCUUACACGCAAUUACCUUAACAACCCCUUAACAAUUGAUCUUGUUGGAGAUUCUGAUCAGAAGUUGGCAGAUGGAAUUUCGCUGUACUCUAUUGCUUCCAAUGGAAAUGCUAAAGCGGGAAUUCUGGCACCUCUUAUAACCGAACAUGCUAAAGGAGGAAAGUGUAUUAUUUUCACUCAAACCAAACGUGAUGCUGAUCGACUAUCACAUAUUUUGGCAAAAAGUCUUAAAUGUGAGGCCUUGCAUGGAGAUAUUUCGCAAACUCAGAGAGAAAGAACUCUUACGGGAUUUAGAAACAGCUAUUUUAAUGUUUUAGUGGCAACCGAUGUUGCUUCGCGUGGGCUUGAUGUACCAAAUGUUGAUCUUGUAAUACAUUACGAACUUCCAAAUUCUUCAGAGAUAUUCGUUCAUCGAUCUGGACGAACAGGCCGUGCUGGGAAGAAAGGUACGGCCAUUCUUGUCCACACAGAAUCUCAAUUCAGGGAUUUAAAGACAAUUGAGCGUGAUGUUGGAUGUACAUUCACAGAGUUACCUAAGAUUGCCGUUGAAGGUGGAUCAGAAGACAUGUUUGGUGGUCGAUAUGGUUCUUCAGGAGGUAGGGAUCGUCGACCAGGCGGUGCAGGCUUUAGUGGUGGUUCUGGAUUUGGCCGAACCGGCAAUGGAAAAUCCAGUCGUUAUGGUGGCUCUGGUUCAAGUCAGUCAAGAGAUGGGUUUGGGGGAUUUUCUGGUAAUUCCUCUGGGAAAACGGAUAAAUAUGGUGGUGGAGGAUUCAGCAGUUCAGGUCGUUCCAGUGGCUUCGGAAAUUUCAGCUCAGGUCGAUUUGGUGGCAGAAAUUGAAGCCAAAACUUGUGGAGAUUCAAGGCGGCGGUGGCUUUGCUGCUUUUGGGGUUAAAAUAGAGGAAGACCAUUUUAACUUCUGAUAAGUGCAUACCAUCUUCACUUCUUGAUGGUUUAAUUUCGGCUUCUUGCUUAGUUUAGUUUACCGUCCUCAUCUAUGAGUAUAUAACUUCACUUCUAGGGAUAGUAUUCAGCUCAACCUGAAUUGCAUCCAUAAGAAAGAGGAGUGGGUGUGCUGUAUCCUGUGCUGCAUGUUCCAGCCUCUACCAUGCAUUUGUUUGGAAUAGUUAAGUUUGUUAUCUCUUAAGCUGCACGGUAGAUUAUGAUUAUGAUUCUGAACAUGCAUCGGGUAUGCAUUGGGCCUUGGCAAUGGUGAUAUGGUUUAUUCAGUAGUUGUUCCUUGAUGUACUUAUCGAGCAGAGAUACAAAACUUCAGAAAUAGGUAGGGUGCUCUCUUGUUCAUUAUAAUUGUUACAUUUUAUUAUACAGGGAAAUUCUCAUCAUCUAUGUGAUAUGUAAUAUUAUCAAUACCUUGGUUUUUGCUUACACAUUAUGUUAUUCUGGUUAUUAAUGAAAUAUUCACUUUUUACAUUC